GUUACCUUACCUGACAGGUAAGAUACGAGUUGCCCACCAGCCCACCUGUAAAUAUCAAACAUUUUAAUAUCGUUGUGAUUGGUGUGAAAUGUGCUAAUCAAUUAUUUUUAGUUAUGAGUGAUAGUAUUGCGACUUCUUGAUUUAUAUUUAUGCGUUUGCAGAUAUUAAGUGAGUUAAGUUAAGUAAAUAUGGCGUACCGCUCGAACGGUUAUUCAGGGGAUGAAAUGGAAAGAUACCGCGAUGAAGGGGGUGACAAACCGACUUAUCUCAUGGAACAUUUGGCCACAUUUACAGUCACCAAAGAGACAGGGAUCAUGUACCCCGCUGAUGGCAUGCGGAGGCUACUCCAAUUAGAAAAAACAAACGGAAUUUGGUCCCAGAAAAUGCAACUGUGCCUCGACCGCUCUUGGGUUUUAAUUAUGGACUACGAAACUGGGAGUGUCAUGGAACGGUUCCCGGCAAAUUCGAUUCAAGAACCUACAGCUUUUACCAGCCAUGACCCUAUGGAAAUGUAUAACAAUAUUUUAGUUUUUAAUGUGGCGAAUUCUAACCCGGCUCAUCCACCAGAAAUGCACAUAUUUCAGUGUCAAAGCAUAUCCGCACUAGACCUCGUAGAAGAUUUAAAACAAUUGCGAAUGGGUAAAACUUUAACUCGAAGCCGCAAAAGUAGCAUCCCGCCACCAACUCACAAGCCUCCUCCUCAUAACGUUAUAAACCCGAAUCGUGAUCCGCGAGGCGACUACCACGGUUCUGAUUCGGAACUAACCGCAAAUAAUGACGAUUCGAGUUCAACAACUAGCGAAAAAUAUGAAAGAGAUGUGACAAUUUUGAACCAUUGUUUCGAUGAUAUUGAAAAGUUUAUUGCGAGGUUGCAACAUGCCGCGGCCGCGGCUCGUGAAUUGGAGCGCCGGAGGAGGAGCCGAAAAAGCAAGAAACGCGAUAUGGGUGACGGCAUGUUGACCAUGCGGACGAAACCGCCCCCGGAGAAGGAAUUCAUCGACAUUUUUCAAAAAUUCAAAUUAUCGUUCAAUCUUUUGGCCAAGUUGAAGGCACACAUUCAUGAUCCGAACGCUCCAGAGUUGGUACACUUCUUGUUUACGCCUCUUGCGUUGAUCGUUGAAGCCUCCCAUGAUACUUACCCCGAUUCACAACUUCCGAGAAAAGUUGUCUCUCCGUUGCUGACAAGAGAGGCUGUUAAUCUACUGAUGAAUUGUGUCACCAGCAAGGAGACCGAGUUGUGGCAUUCGCUCGGAAACGCGUGGCUUAUCCCCAGAGAUCAAUGGAAAGGUCACGUAGCCCCUUACCACCCGAUUUUUAUGGACGGUUGGUCUCCCGAUUACCCCGUUGUAGAUGAAUUAGAAGCAAACAAUGAUAAACAUUACAAUGAGGGACAGUACAGUAGCGACUGUAAUGAUUACGAUACAAAUCAUCGCGACAUUUUUAUUUAUGAGAAAAGUACAGAUUCCCACCACCCAAAAAUCGACUCGGAUCAUUUACCCCCCAAUUUGGGCGAAAGCACCAGAAGUGACAUUUCGGUCGAUUCGAUCGAACGGAAUGGGGGCGAAGAGCGGGGAUUUGGAAGAAGUCAAGAGAGUUUCUUGGAGGAUUUGCAAGCCAGAGGAGCUAACAUUGUCCAAGUCACAUACCCCCGCACCGCGAACAACGACAAAGAAUUAACUGUAGUCCGUGGAGAGUACUUGGAGAUUUUGGACGAUAGUCGCAAAUGGUGGAAAGCUAGGAACAGUCGGGGCCAAAUCGCUCAUGUCCCCCACACAAUCGUGACCCCAUUCCAUUCCGGCGGAAACGACAUUUUCAACAAUCCUUUAUACACCACACGUAAUAAUUAUAACAGGAACCGAGCAGAUUCGCCAUCUGAUAGAUUUAGCGGGGGACACAGUCCGAAUACCCCUGACCAUGUCAACCCCCCCGUUCCAGCAACUUCGGCUGAUUGGGUUAGAAAAGAGAGGCUCGACACUAGUAGUGCACCACCACCCCCAGCUCCUCCACCGCCCCCACCACCCGUUGUGUCAGCCCCCGUGACACCGGCCGCCACAUUAAGACGAACACCCUCGACGAAAUCGGGUGCCACACAAGAUAAAAUGCAAGAUGAGUUAAACAUCGUGUUAUCAAUGGUCAGAGACAGGAAGCACAAACCGCACAUCGAAAUUAGACAAACACCGGAAGUCUUCAUUAAUCAAAAAUCUAAUCCAGAAGAAGUACAAAACUGGCUCAAAAUUAAAGAUUUCGACUCGCAAAUAUGCGCCAAAUUUAAAGGACUUGCCGGGCACAACUUGUUUGAUUUGCAAAAGAGCCAGUUGGAGAAAGUUUGCGGACCUAAAGAGGGAGCUAGGUUGUAUUCGCAAUUAAACAUCCAAAAAAGUGUCAGUGGGUACCAAACUGUGAGGAGCUCGGAACUGAAGGCAAUCCUUGCUAAGGCCAGGGAAAAAAUUGAAACUGUUGAUUAAUAUUUUUAUUUAUACAAUACAUAUUAAUACAAUUUAUACAAUUAUUAAAACUGUAUGAGUAAACAAUUAAAAAUACUUGGACUACUUAUUAA